AUGGCCGCCCGCAACAGCUCGCCAGGCCAUCAAAAGGAAUUACCUUCACCCCAGCAGCCACCACCUUACACCCCUGGUGGGCUAGGACUGCUGUCUGGGCCGGGGCCAGGGCAGGCCAAUCACAUGCACCCGACGCAUGCACCAGCAGCACCACUGAGCGUGGGCAAGAGCCACGUCACGGGAAGCCGGGAGUGCCGGAAGAAGUUUGAGACCCCUUUCAUCAUCCGCCAGCGCCGACGCCAGCGCCGCGAUCGGCAGGCUCGAGAGCGGGAAGAGCAGCUUCAAUCACCGCAGCCACGGGGCGACGACCACCGCAGCCGGUCUAGGGAGAGGCGCUCGUCAUCAGUCUCCUUCGCGGACGGGGAGUCGACCGGUGACGGCGGCGCCACGGCCGGAAGACGUCGGUCUACCUGCCGGGGUCGGAGCCGGAGCCGAGGUCGGAGCCGGAGCCGCUGCGGCCGGUCGAGAUCGCGGAGCGCCCCGAAGCAGCAGCCGGGGGGCCAAACCAACCGUGGAGGCCGGGGCCAACAGCAGCAUCAGCAACGAAACCAACAAGGAGCCCAAUCACAGGUGACGUCCCAAAGAAACUGCGCCAGCAUUGUGGCAGGGAGGGGGAGCGAGGUGCAUCCCGAAAUAGUUACACUUGACACAGUUAAGACUCUACAGCAAACCAUCCAAAACAUGCAGACAAAGAUCGCACAACAGGAUACAAAGAUCCGCGCCUAG